AUGAGUUUAUAGCCAACUUAGUCUUCGAGAUUAUCAAACCUAAGUUAAAGUCGUAAAAUCAUAAAAACUUAGAGAUCGGUUACUUACAAAACUAUCAAUCCAACAGAUAAAAUGUCUUAGUCUUUAGAGCCUGAGACUUAUGUAUCUCCCAAAUCUCAACCAUCAGUGCCAUAGUUAAAAAUAAAUUCUCAAAUGAGUCUCACUCCAGGAUCUUCCAAGAUGGGUGAUAGUCAAAUAAAAGAUUAACAACAGUAAAUGAACUCAAAUACUAGUUUUUAAAAUCGCUAUCCAGAAUCUUAAUAGAAUCUUAGAAAUUAAGAUGCCCAAAGUUUCGUUUCCAAUUAAGGCAUUAAUAAUAAUACCAAAAAAAGAAGUGAAAUGCAUAUUCUCACUCCUAAGGAUUUCUCAUAAAACUAAUCCUUUGUUUCCUCAGCAGUAUUUUAAAUAAAUUCUACAAUACCAAUCUCUCAACAAGGGUAUAUUUAAAAUGCAAGAUAAAAUACUUAGCCUAUUCAAUCCUAGCAAGUAUAGUCAGUAAUAACAUAUCAAAGAGCACCAAUUUCAAAUUAGCAAUAACCUCAAUAGCAAGAAGUAGUAGUUUAAUAGCAGAAAGGAGUGUAAGUAGAUGCAUCUUUAGCAAAUAGAUAAGUUACUGAUAGUUCAAUAUAAAAUAAUUCAAGUAUAGUUUAAUCUCCUCAUGAAAGCAGAUAAAAUAUUAGGAGUUCAUAAAGUCUUUAGCCUUCAUAGCCUAUAUAUAUAGCAUAGUAAUUUUAAGCUACUCAAAACAGACCAUAUAAAUUUAAUAUCCCUUUAGAGAAGGCCUAAAAUAUGUAGUAUUAAAACUAAGCUAUCAAUACUCCAUUGCAAAGCGAUAGAUCUAUCCCAGCAUCAAAACCUGGAAUCAGUGAAAAUAGAUUGAAAAGCUAACAAAGUUUGUAAGCUACAGUCCUGCCUGACACAAAGCAAGAAUAAAUAGGUGCUGCUACUAACUAAACUAAAGCAUAAGAAAGUAUUUAUAGCUAGCAAACAAAUAUUCAAGAGAAAGCUAAUUUAAGAGGCGAAUCAGCUCCUCCAUACCCAAUUAAUUAUUCAGCUAUGACUUCAUUAGCUUCUUCAUUUUAGCCUUCACACUAGAUUUCUUAAAAUAACUAUUUAUUAUAAAGUAAUAAUGAUAUGUAUUUAGUGAAUAAUAACUUGAAUACCUCAGUUUUCAAUGUAGUUGUAAAUGAUUAAGAUGGGCUAGUAGAUUAAAUUAAAAGAGGUAGAAUUGAAAGUUAGCAAUAAAAUUCAGUCAGCAAAAAUUAGUCUCCUGACACUAAAAAAGGUAUUUAAAACUCUGCCUUCAUAGAUUAUAGCUACAAAAAAUCAAUUACUGACAAAGUUUUAGCAAUUUAAGUUUAACAAACUAAAUUAUAAUUCGAUGAAAUUCCAUUAUCAGAAAUUAUAGGAAGACCUCCUUUAUAUGAACAGUAACCAAUUCACAAAAUUGUAGACAAGCCAAUUUAAAAUGAAUAAAAAGAUAUUCUUCCUGUUUCUUCUCCCUAAUUCGGAUCCUUAUCGAUCCCUCCUUAAAAUCAAAAUAUUUAAGUUUCCUAGGUUCCUUAAGUAAUUGAUGAGAUAAAAAUGGGAGUGUCUUCUUUUUCUAAUGCAUAAUAGGUUGAUAAAAAUUAUGAGUCCCUGCAAAAAGAAAAUAAAGAAACUUCAUAAAUAGCUGAUGUUGGUAAAUCAGAUAAAAUAGCUGCUUUGUAAGAAGUUAAAUUAGAAAGUAUUAUUUAGGCUCAAAAUAUUACAAUUUCAGAACUUAGCUAAACAAACAAAAGAAGUAGUAACAGGUCAAGUACAGUUGAUCCCUUAGCUUAAAAAAAGGAGGGAUCAUUUACACCUUCUCAGGCCAAAUUGCUAGAAGAGUUAAAAUAAGAACAAAAAGUGAGAGAAAGUGUAUACAGGGAUAAAAGUUAAAUUGAUAUUAGCUCUAAGAUAUUAGUAGUUGAUUAAAGUAAUACAAAAGAAACAUCUGCAUCAGGACGUAGUAUAAGCAGCGAUCCGUAUAAAGGAUUAAAUAGCUUCUCAUAAAAGUAUGAUGGCAUUGUUGGUCAAUAACUUGAACAAACUUUUAUUAAAGAUCAAAAAUUUAUUGGAAAUGAUUUAGUUAAAAAUUAUUUAAAUUUUGGAGUUCCUUCAUAAAUGGUUAGUAGUGUUUACUAAAAUUAAAAUACUUAAGAUGCCACAAAAUAAAUCAAUAGUGAUGUUUCAUAAGAAGAAACUGUAAAAAAGACAUCUAAAAACAAAGAAGAGAAAGUAGAAUAAAUAAUCCCUGUUUAAAUUCCUAUUGAUAAUUAAUCUACUACAGCUAAUUCUUUUGCUUAAAAUCCUUCUAAUUAUUUAUUAAAUAAUAAUAUUUAAGUAUAUGCAACUUAAAUAUCUUCUUUAAAUAAUCCCAUUUUAAGCACAACUAAUAAUUCUAACGGCAAUACUAUUCCUAUCAAUAAUACUAAUCCAAGCAACAAUAAUCCAAUUCCUGUUGAAAACUCAUUUGCUAAUAAUAAUGGCACAUCUAACAAUAUUAGCAUAGCUAACAAUCCAUCUAAUAACUCUACCUCAAAUUUCGUUUCAAAUUACAUUUCUAAUCUAACAGGGCAGUAAAAUGGAAUAAGUGAAGGUGCAAACUCUGCAAUUAAUGCUAUAAAUAGCACUUUUAAUUAAUAGUAUAGCAGUUUAAGUAGUAACUAUUAAGUAUAAAAUAAUACAUAAGCUAGUAAACCAGUAAUUGAUUUAUCUUCUAUGUCAACAGAAGAUUAUAUAAAAUACAAACAAACAUAAUUUUUGGAAGAGUAAAGAUCUAAAAGUGAGUAGCCAAAUAAAUAAUUAUUAACUGAGUUUAGAAAUCCAGAAUAAAUUACUACAACUGUUACAACCUUUACUACAUAUAAAGUUUAGUCACCAGCUUUAUUAAAUUAAGUAAACACUAGAUCAUCCUCAAAUAUUAUUUCUUCUAUACCAUAAUAUGACAGCUAUAAACCUAUAAAUCAAAAUAAUAAUAAUACAAAAGGUUCGCAAUAUAUUGCUUCUUCGUCUAUAACCAAUUAAUUUGAUAGUUUCAAACCUACAACUUAAUAAUUAACUUAAUUUGAAAGUAAAACCAAUUAAAAUAGUGAUGUAACUUAAUAAAAUUAUACUCCAAAUCCCCUAGUAACUUCAUAUUAAUAAACAUCAUUUAUUCAAAAUAAUGUUUCAGCCAAAUUACCUGACAAUGAUCAAAAAACUGACUAAAUUUAGACAUUUGAAAGAUAAAACUUACACAAAGAAAAGUUACACAGUAGAUAAAACAGUGAUGAAGACGUAAAGAAGGCUUCUAAAAAUUAAGAAAUAUAAUAAUCAUAGAGUUUAAGUAACUAUCCAUAAUUAAAUAACAAUAACAGUUUUGGAAUAUAAAAAAUAUAAAAUGAUGAAAACUAAAAACAAGUUAAGGAAUUAGUUGAAGAAAAAAGAAAGCUUAGAGAAGUAAAAUCUGUGGAUCAUUUGAUGGUUUAAAGAAGAUUUGUAGAUCCUUAGAUCGAAGAAGAAGUUAAGGGUUGGGUGAAUCCUAUUUUUGAAGAGUUCAUAAGAAAAAACUUUAGUGGAGGUAAUUACAAUGAAAAAGAUAUCCAAGAGUUUAUUAAAAGAUCUAAAUCAGAGAUUGGAUUGGGUGCUAACAAUAGCAUUUCUUCUAUUUAUAUAGAAGAACAGCUUAAAUAGUUAAUUGAAUAAUAAAAAAAACUGAUAGAUCAAUAAAAUGUUUAAAUUACAUUACAAAAUGAAGUAUAAAAAAGUUAAUUAUUUGCUAAUUCUCACAUGUCAUCCCCUCAUAUUUAUGCUAAUAAGUAUAAUGAAAAUAUUCUCUUAUAAAACUAGCUAAAUAAUUCCAACACGAAAUCUAAUUCUUAGUUGCUUGGCACUCUAUCUAGUGAUAAUUAACUUCAUCAUUAGUCUAACUUGAACUUACAAAACAUAGCAUAGCUGAAUUAAUACUAAACAUCAUACCAAAAUCAUAAGAAUUCAAAUGUUUCACCUCUUUCUCAAAAUUCUUCUGCAUUUCAUCCUUUCAAUUCGUAGCCUUAUAAAAGUGCAAAUCCUUCCAAUUUUAAUGGGUAAGACUUAAGAUUUUAUAUGAACUCCUCUGUGGCUGGGUCUACAACCACAGAUAAUCACCAUAGAAUAGUUUCAUGCUUUGACUAGGUAGUAGAAUAAUAAAAUAUCCCGAUAGAUUAUAACCUUACUUAAUCAGGGCUUCAUGAUGAUAUUAAUAAAAGCGACUUGAAGAAUCAACAAAAUAUAUUUACAACUCAUUAAUCUAUCAGUCCUGUAAAUGCUGUACACAAAGAAGCAAGUCUAUCAUAGAGAAAUUUCUUACAAAAUUCGUCACCAUUUACCCCUAAUCAACAAUAAUAAAAUCCCCUUGGUUCAAUUAAUUCAAUAUUAAAAGAGAAUAGUAAUAAACUCUGUGCUACAGCUUAAAGUGAGCAAGAUAAUAGAUAGAAUCUUUAGCUAGAUAAUAUCAAUCCUAAUGAUGAAGAAUUGCUUAUUGAAGAUCUUACUCCAUUCAAUAAUAAAAGGUAAACAAUAGAAAGGUAAGAAGAAGCUAAAUAAUAACUACAUGGAGGUGAGAUUAAUUAGGAAAACAUAGAAGGAGAUUAAAAAUAUUCUUAAACAUUUUAGUCUUUUAAUAAAAAUUAAAAUGCUGAUUGUAAUUCCUCUUAAGAAGCAGGAACUAUGCGUGGUAAUACAGACCGUUAAAGCUCAAGGAUUUAGCACAGCUAAAGUAUGAAGACAGAUUAAGGAUGCGAAGAUGCAGAAGAUGAAUAUGAAAAUAUACCAAAAUACUUCAGUGAAAAUAAUAGUGUGAGAGAUAACAGAGAGUCUAAUUACUCAGUUAAUUAAAAUAAAUAGUCGAAAUUCUAGUAAAACAGAGCUGACGAUUCGUAUAGCUCCUCAUCUCCAAAUCUCAGUGAUAGAGAAGAAAUGGUGCAAGUAGACGAAAUCCAAACUUAAGAAAAGAAAGUAAAAAAAUCAGCUAAUAAAGGGGGGAAAAAAAUAAUGAACAUGAGUAAUGAUGGAAAGAUAACAGAAGAGAGCUAUAGUAAUAAAAAUGAUGGAUCAUAGCUUACGUCAUUGAAUAUUAAUCUUUACAAAUUAUAAAACCAAUAAGAUAAUUUUAUAGUCGGAGAAUAUACACCACAAAACAAUUAAGAAAAUGAAUCCCACUAAUCCUUACCUGAGUAGAAUGCUUCACCAUCUCCUAAAUCAAGAUAAUAAAAUUAAGAAAACAUUUAUUAAACUCCUAAUGAAAAAUAGAAAGAUAACGAAAAAGAAGAUGAUGAUGAUAUUUUAGAGGAAGCUGAAGAAAAUCAAACGUAAGAAAAUAAUUUAAAGAUUGCAGAUAUUUUAGAUGAAUAAAGUGGUCAUAAUGAGGAAGAUAGAUCUUAAGAAAAUUAAAAAUUAAGAAUAAGUAUUUAAGAUGCUAUCCCUCUUGAGAAAGUAGAAGAAGUAGAUCAAGAAUAUCAUAAAGAAGCACCUAAUAAUAUCUCAGAUAAGAAAAUACCUAAAAAAAACAAAUCUGAAGUUUAAUUACAGCAAUCUUAACUUUCAAAAAAGCCAAAUAUUCCAAGAUCUUCUUCCUCUUUAGCUAUUCAAAAAUCAGGAAGCAGUUUGUCAUUAUCAAAAAUAUUAAGAAAAUCAGAAUUAUCUUAAUCAAGCGAAUCCAACUUAACUGCAAGCGAAUUCAUAAAAAGAAGUAAGUAAAAUUUAGAAUAGAAAAGGAAAGAAAGCAAGGAGAGCUAAGAUUCUGGAACAUUUAUAGUGUUUUAAGAUAUUCAGUAGCAUGUUUAAGAUAAAAUAUAAAAAUAUAACCAAAAAAAGGUGCAAUAAAAUAACUUUAAGCAAGACACCAUCAUUGAAGAUCUAUAAUCAUCCAGAAGCAAUAAUAAUUCUGCAUAAAAAGAUUAAUAGGAAAUUCAAAAAUAAAAAGCAAAGUAACUUAUUCUAAAUGAAGAUCUUUAAAAAACGCCUCAGAAUAUUUUUAAUAUUCUGAAUAACAAAGCAUCAUCACUUAAAAAAAGAAGUACAGAAAAGCAAUCUCCGAAUUCAAUUAGAACACCUUAAAAAUUUGAAUAAAAUUCUGGUAUUAAGAUUGAUUUCUAAAAGAUUAAAUCAGGUUCAAAAGAGGAGAUAACAUCAUCGAAUAAUAAAGAAGAGUUGAAAAAUUCUUCUUUUAAAUAAAAGGGUGAAGUAUUGAAAGUCCAGCUAAAAUCCCAUAAAGAAUUAGGAAUUGGUUCUAAAUCUCCUAAAGAUACUGUUAAAUAGUAAGAUAAAAAAAAGCAAGUUAAAGCUGAUAAAACUUCAGUUUUUAAUAUAUCCUAAAGCACUGUUAAAUCUCCAAAUUAAUCUUAGAUUCAAAGUCCAUAGUCUGAGUCGCUAAAGGCUACCAUCAAAAAACUGUAAGAAGGAGGAGAAGAAUUCAAUCUUAAUAAAAAUGCUAAAUAAACUAAAAAGAAAGAAAAAUAAUAAGAAUAGAAAGUAUUUAUCCUUCACAAGAAUUAAACUUUUGAAGCUAGUUAGUCAAAUACUUAAAAACCUAUUUCUCGCCAUAACACAGAUUAGCCAAUAGAAUCUAAAUCUUCUUAAUUUAAGAAACUUACAGAUUCUGAUAGAAAAAAUUCUCCUUCCUACAAAAUUACUCUUUCUACCUAAGGAACUUCUGAUAGAAAUAAAAUUUCGAUAACUCCAGUUACUUAGAAUACCCAAACUAAAGUAAAAAGUGUUUAGAAAGAAUAAAGCUAACCAUUGUAAGUUAAAAUAAGUGGUAAAAACAUUACUAAAGAAUAAUAAAAUCUCUAGACUUCAUAAAAUUAAAAGUUUGCUUCUUCAUCUACUUUAAAUGAUAAUGACUAGAAUACACUCAAUCUUUACUAAAGAUAUCAAGAAAAGAAAAUUUAAGAUAAGGAGCUUUCCACUAGUCAAGUAUUCUAAAGAAAAAAAUCAAUUAAUAGCAACUAAAAUAGCAAUCAAAAUAUAAAUGUAUCUUAGACUAAUUAAGAAUAAGAAUACUAAACAUCACAAUCAUUAAAGUCUCCAGAGAAUAUUUACCAAUAAAACUAGAAUUUAAGAUUCCAAUAAUAAUAAUACUUAAAUAAUUAGACUAAACAGAUAGAUCAUGAAUAAAACGCUAAUCAAAAUUAGCAAAGCUAAAUUCAAUCAUAAAAACAGCAACCUAUUUACUCUAGCUCAAAACAAUCUGAAAGCCCUCUCUAGUUAAAAAAUCAAAGCCAACUCUAAGCAUACAAAUAAAAGUAAAAAGAAUAACUGGAAAAAAUUGAAAGUAAACUAUAACAAGAAGAAUAAGAGUAUUAGGUAUUAAUUAAUUCAUAGACCUAACCUACUAUCGAUGCAACAAUUAUGAAAUCUGGAAAACAUUUAUCUCCUUCGCAGUCUGAAUAAUCAGCUUCAUAGACAGUAAAUAGACUUUUUACAAGCAAUCCCACACUCAAUACAAACAAAAAUUUGGCUACUAAUAUUUCACAACAAUAAAUGUAAAGCUAAAGCUCCUACUCAAAUAACUUAAAUUCUCAUGAAGUAAACUAUACUCAGGAUUAUGAAGAUUAUCUUUACUAGGAGUAUAUUAAGGACCAAAGGGAGUUAAUGAUUUAAAAAAAUAUUCAAGAAGGAAUAAACUCUGGUUAGCUCACAGAAGAAUAACAAAAAUAUUUGCAAGAACUAGAAUAAGAAAACAGAAUGAAAUUUUAAGAAUUCAUGAAGAGAAAUGUUGAAUGGGUUUAGGAAAAGGAAAGAAAAAUAAGAGAAUGGUAAUAAUAAAAAGCUAACUUAGAAAUGCAAGAAUGCACUUUUAAACCUUUGAUAAACUCUCAAAGCUCUUUGGAUAACAACAAGCCUGUCUACGUACCAUCUACAAAAAGCAGCAGAUUGCUAGAAGAGUAGAAUAAAUUAAAAAUAAACUCCUAACAGAAUAGUAUUAACUAAAUAUCUUCUCAGAAAUCUAUAAAGAAGAGUCUCUAAGCAAGCAGAGUAGGUUCUAACACUUAAAUAUAAGAUCCUAAUGUAUCAAGAAAAUUUUCGAAUCACUCCUCUAAUAAGAUGGUAGUUGGUAUCUACUAACAAAACUCUCCUCCUAGUGCAAACAGUUUUGCAAACUAAUACGAUAGAAGCACCUUAUAAAAAUAAGGAACUGCUGAUUUAAAGUAAGAUAUAGAAGAUGUUCUAGGCAUUUUAAAGAAUCUAUCAAAACCUUAGUGA